ACCUUGCAUUUCAACGCCAGUGGAAUCUGUCGCAUCAAAACAAAAUAAAAUCACUAAAAUUUAAUUCAGCCAGAAAUAUAUAUUUUAGUUUGUGGUGGAAAUCAAUUGGAAAUCUAAAGAUUUUUACUCAUUAGUGUAUGGCGCAAAACGUUAAAAUGACUUCAGGACUGCAAAGUGCAUAUUUUGUGCAAGAUGAAAUUGACGGUCUGAAUUCGGACGAUUCCGGGGCCGAACACCUCCACAAACCCGGUGCUCCACUGCGGGAGCAGGAUCGCUUCCUGCCGAUAGCGAACAUCACUAAAAUUAUGAAAAAGGGAAUUCCAUCUAACGGAAAGAUUGCCAAAGAUGCCCGGGAAUGCGUUCAGGAGUGUGUUUCGGAGUUCAUUUCGUUUAUCACCUCGGAAGCAAGCGAACGGUGUCACAUGGAGAAACGGAAAACAAUCAACGGAGAGGACAUUCUGUGCGCGAUGUACACCCUGGGGUUCGAUAACUAUGUGGAGCCUUUGAAGUUGUAUCUCACGAAAUAUCGAGAUAGUAUAAAAACUGAAAGAUCUAGCCCUGAGCAAACGCCCGAACAUCAACAGCAGUAUGAAACUAUCGACCAGGAUUUUCGAUCCAUUCAACCGUCGAAUUCAAAUGCUUCUGUUUCGGGAAACGUUAUAUAUCAAGGAGCAGAUGGUGGCUAUUACUUAAAAAGUAAUAAUUUUUAGGCUACAAAAUAGAAUUUAAGGUAAGUUGAAUCUUUUCUAAUUAUGUAUAUCGAUUGUCAGUGUACAGUUUGCUUUAUAGUUCAUAAAAA